ACUGUUGCAAGGGGCUCUCGGGGUCAGACUUUUGGGUAAUCAAAGUUACUCUGUGCCAUGCUUGAGCUUCUAAAAGUCUAAAAGUACAGCAUGUGCAAUGUCGCAGAUAAGCUUUAGGGUUGCUCUCCUGCUCCUGCUCUUGGUCGUCAGAUGUGUUGCAGAGGAAACAAUACCAAGUAAAGGCUGCAUUUGUGGGUAUCCUGGAAUACCAGGCGAUCCUGGUCACAAUGGUUCACCAGGGAGAGACGGUAGAGACGGACUCACAGGGGACAAAGGAGACCAAGGUGAAGUUGGCCCUUCGGGACCAGCUGGUACCGAUGGCCUAAAAGGAACCAAAGGAGACACUGGUGCUAUUGGUAAUCUUGGGCCUAAAGGGAAAAAAGGAGAAAAUGGAGAAAAGGGGUCUCCAGGAAAAAUGGGGCCCCAAGGAAUACAGGGACCAAUUGGCAUAAAAGGAAGCAAGGGAGAACUUGGUUUGCCAGGACCCCAAGGACUUAAAGGAGAUUUAGGUCCGCCAGGACCACAUGGUCCAAAGGGGGAAAUUGGCCUAAGAGGUGACAGAGGUAUUCAGGGGCCUCUGGGACCCCCUGGUAAGCCAGGGCCUAAGGGAGAAUUGGGUGUGCCGGGUCACAAAGGAAACAUUGGUUACCGUGGUGAAAGGGGUGCUCGGGGUGAGAAGGGCGAAAGCGGCGAAAAGGGAGAGUCUCCUGUCAUCCCCAAAAGCGCUUUCUCCGUAGGACUCACAGCGCGUAGUAAACUUCCACCAGCCAACCUGCCGAUCCGGUUCGACAAGAUCAUUUAUAACCAACAGAACCACUACGACUCACAGACAGGGAGAUUUACGUGCCCCGUAGCUGGCGCCUACUUCUUCACCUACCACAUCACCGUCUUCUCCAGAAACGUGAAAGUGGCCCUUAUGAAGAACGGGGUAAAAAUCAUCCACACCACGGACAACUACCAGACCAGCGAGGACCAGGCAGCAGGGGGCGCUGUGCUGCACCUGGAUGUGGGGGACAAAGUGUGGCUGCAGGUAGUUGGAGGAGAACUGUUCAAUGGCCUGUUUGCUGAUGAAGAUGAUGACACCAUUUUCUCUGGGUUCAUAAUCUUUGGAUCCUAAUUAAAGAUUUUCAACAAAAAUCUAAGAUGAAGCUUCACUUUGACAUAAUUAUGAUCCAGUGAAAUUAAUUUAAUUCAAAAUUGCAUCGUUAUAUUUCAAAGUAAUUACAUUAAAAUUAACUUGUAUUUUGUUUUCUUUAUUUCAGACAGUAAACAGAAAUCUUUAAUAUUGUCCUGUGAUUGUUUUAAGAAUUGCAUUAAUGUUUCCAAGACAAGAAGGUAGUCUGAAGAAAUGUAUUCAGAAACCACCAAAAAGAUGCAGGACUUGUGGCCAGAUUAGUCAUAUGCUGCUUGUUGAACUAAGCUAGGCACCAGUGUUGCAGAAGUAGCACAAAAGUUUUUUUAAUUUUUUUUUUUUUACUAUUUUUAUUAUUCUAAGUAAAAUAGAGAUAAGUCACAAUCUCUAACAAUGAAUUUUGGACCUUGGACACCAAAACAAAGCUGGUUGGAAAGGCAAACAUUACAUGUACAUUAUGAAAAGAAACCCAUAAGGAACAGAACAUGCUGACUGUGUGGAUUUAAUGCCUCUGAUAACAAUGUCACUGUACAGUAUAAAUUAAAUGAGUUAUAUCUGGGUCAUGGCUGGAUCACAAUACAGGAACAUUAUAUGUUAUUUUUGCUAGCAAAGAAAUAGGCAAAAUAGCUACGCUAAGCCAUCUGUAGCUUUUGUUUCUUCUUUCAAUUGAUUUUAUUAUUUCAUAAAGAUAAUUACAUCCUAUACAUUUAUUUAUUUGCAUUUGUUUGUUGAAAUUUUAUUAAGUUUUUAUUUUGGUGUGAUGUCUCACUUUGGUUCUUCAUCCAAUUAUUUCCAGAGGAAUUUUUUCAUACAGUUUUUCUCUUCUUGCAAUAAACCUAGACA